UAUAUAUGGAAAUAUAGUAAAUUAGCUAUGUGAAGUUUAAAAAUAAUGUUCUUUGAUACUCAAACUUUCUCUAAAACCUUUAGUUAGUAACAUGUUUAGGAAAAUAAGUUCUGACUAGAUCAUCUCUUACAUCCGGUUCGUUGCACAACUUCUUUGUCAAUGAAUAUAUAUUGUAGACAUUUAAUAGCAUUGUUUGCAUGCACAGAUUCUGACGUAUCAGUGUCAUGUUCAACACAGACAGAAAGAUGUAAAUGUAGUUAGUGUUUGAUAUCAGAUAAGAUAGCACUUAACACGAUUUCGCAAGUUUUCAAACGAUCAUUUGCCACGGUAUUCCUAAUGACUUCAAAAGAUUCACCAUAGACCCUGCUUGCUAUUUUCAGCAUUCUCAUCAUCACAAUGAAAUGUUCUCUCAAAAGUCCGCUAAAUAACAAUGAAAAUCAGUAACAUUGUUUUUUCUAUAUAAAGUGUCAAAUAUCGAUAGAUAUUUCUCUAAAAUUAAUAAAUCUUAUAUAUGCGCUAUUCAAUGAACUUUGAUUAUGCUAUGAAAUGCAGUAACGAGAAACUAUAUUGAUUUAAAGAACAUCAAAUCAACUCUAUCAUUGAACAUAUAACAAAGUACUAUAAGUAUAACAUUUAUAUCAAACUUCGUUAUAAAAACAUUGAGUUUCACAAAAUUAUGCAACAUCAGCUUAAUAGUUGUUUUAUGCCUAAAAAUAGAAUCAUGAAAUAUAUAUAUUCGUUAUUUGUACUUAUUAUCUCAUUGACAUCGAUAGAGUUUAUCAAAACUGAUGAAAAUGAUGACAUCAGUGAUAACAAAUACAAUCACAGUGAACGUUUACACCAUUAUCCUUCGAAGAAUAACAUAACUUAUCAAUCUAACAAUUACAAUGACGUUUCAAUACAACGCACAAAUACUAAACGAAAAGAAAAUAAUCCUAAUGGGAAUUAUGAACAAAAUAGAAAAUCUAUUCGAUCUAGACAUGAUGGUUAUGCACGUAGAAAUGGUAAAAUUCAAUCUUGUGGAAACAGUGUCAGAGGUGGAAGUUAUUCAGAAAGUACAUAUUUUACAUUACACGCUGGAACGGAUAAAUAUGGUCGACGACAUGAUGAUUCACAAUUCCAAUCACGUGGAAUGUCCAAAGGUUAUCGUGGUAGUACAUUUAUUAACGCUUUCAAUUUAUUCGGUUAUAUAAAAAGUAAACAAUAUCAUAUAAAAACAACUCAAUCAAAACGAAGAGAUAAAUACAUGAAUAAACGUGUUCUGUAUCCCGACAAUUCCAAUGUCAAAAUGAAACAGAAAAUGAAACGUCCCGAAUUAUCAGUUUACAAAGGUGAAAGCAGAUCAUUGGGGAAAAAUAUUACUCAUCGUUAUAGAAACUCGAGCAAUGCAUCACUUCCAUUAUCCAGUAGAUAGCCCUAAUCGUACUGAAUAAAAUGUUGUAAUUAAUAGUAAAUUAUAUUCAUUUCGUUUACG